ACACUUUUAAUUUGCACAAAAUGGAAAAAAAAACUUACCCGGCUCAAGUUCAGGUCACCAUCGUUCGGGGAAGAAACUACCGGCAAAUGUGAAUUGUGUGUCAUUCGCCAUAUUUGUGACACAGGUUGUUAAGCAUGCGCGUAAUCGUUAAAGAAUGUUUCAGGCAGCAUCACCACCACAUUUUAUACCAAUUCUAGCUUGCAAUUUAUGCAACAAGGACACAUAAAACAUAUUUUUUGAUCUCGGCUUCGGUACCUCCUGCACAGCACUCCACACACAAACACUCCUCUACACAGUCACAUUGGCACUUGUCAAAUGAUGACUGCCUUUUUCAGAGCAUCUGCAAUCGAAGCUGGCACUUGAUGACACAUCUUGCUUGUACUAACUUUGGCACUAUUGCAUGCAGGCAAUUUUUUAAUAGCCGAAGAAAGACAUUUUGGGUAUGUUUUGUACGUUUAUACGCCUGCCAUUCCCUUUAUUUUAAAUUUAUUUCAACGAAUUCUAUUGCCAAUUUGCUCCCUUAAUUCCGUUUUGAGAUGAUUGCAAAAAAAAAAAAAAAUAUCUUUUCGUGUGCCCAUACAGACUCUAUUUCUCUCAAUAUGUUGUCAGUUUUGCAACCUCAGUCCUGCUAUGUGUAGCCGCGACCUAACGUUUCAGUUUGCUUUCAAAUUUGUGGGGAUGACCAUUUCCAAAAUGGCUGCUAGUGUUUUCCCCGCUGCAUCGAAAAACUAAAGAUGGACUUUCUUUUCGUGUUUGUGGCAAGCAUUGCAAGCGUUGAGUCGAACAUCAUUUCACGCGGUUUAUGUGCAUCAAGAACGUGAAGCAUAGUGCGCAUAUCAUGCACUGAUCGGACAAUAUUUAUGCGCUGCAUACUGAUGCGCUAAAAAGGACCUUUUCUGAUUUGUAUUUUUCCAUCGCGUGGUUUCCGGUGCGAAUCGUUCAAUCGGGGUGCGUGGUGAUAGUUGCAGUUUUGGCCUUCCCAUCAAAUACUUGCACUUGGAGUAAAUCACUUCAAAGGAGCGAAACUGGCCACGUUAAGCAGCAGAGAUGGCUUUGCAGUCAUCGACCUGGCUGGGUCAGCUUCCCCAACCCACGCUGGAACCAUUUCGUUUGCUGUAUGGUAACAAUAUACCGGAGGACGUGCGCAAUCAUAUAGCAAAUUGGAUCCAGGCUCAGUUUAUCAAUGCACCGGCUUUCUACGACGAUCAGAAUGCUAUUGAUGAUAUGUAUGAAGAAGCGGCCAAAUUUCUCAACAAGCUCAUAGACAAGCUGAGGUGCACGGGUGCGCUCUAUGCAAACGAUAUCAAGCACGAAUUGGACGGGACGGCCUGCAUCCUACUACAGCUGUUUUCGCGCGACCCGAUCGCACUCUACCAGGAGCUGAUCAACUGUUUGCAGCAGCACCCGUACUAUUGCAUCAAUCUGGACGCGAUCGAGAGGACCGAGGUGUGGCGAGAAUUCCAGGAGCUGAAGGUGAUGGUGCAUGGCAAUGAAAACGAUAAAGGUAGCUUGAUAAUGGUGCACGGCUACUUGGCGCAUGCGAUAAGUGAGGUUCAGAAUGUACAGGCAACGAUCAAUACGGCAAAGCAGCCGGAGGAACGGAUGCUCGCCCAAUUCCAGCUCGUCCGGUAUCAGGCAGUGGCGAAUGAUCGUUUACAGAAAUUUUCCGAGAUGCAAUUUGCUGUGGCAAGCGGAUUUCGGACGGCGAUAGACAAGACGGGCAAGCUGCAGGACAAGGUCCUGAAAAAGUAUCUCGCGCAGUGGAAAAUAAAUCAGCGGCUCGCUGCUAUCGGUGCGUAUGCCAAGCUGGAGAGCGAUCUGGACACCAUACAGUUGUGGUGCGAAAGUCUAAUGGAGAUUAUCCUGAGAACGAAAGAGCAGAUUAUGCAGACGAUGCAGUUAAAGUCGGAAGGGUACGUCAACCUAUCUGCGGAUCCGGUGCUGACGCUAGCCAUGAAGGAUGUGACGAAUCUGCUAGAAACGCUCAUCUACAAUUCGUUCGUGGUGGAACAACAACCGCCCCAAAUUCUUCGUAUGCAUAACCGGUUUUCCGCAUCCGUGCGGCUGCUCGUCGGUACGACGCUAUGCGACCAGGUGAAUCCUCCGCUAGUGAGUGUGUCCAUCAUAAGCGAAGCCCAAGCACGGGCAGUGCAUCGUAUGAAGGGAGCCGCUACUACAUCCGCUGUCGGCGUCAUUCUGAACAACGUCGGCCAAAUGCAGUACAACACGCAAACUAAGCAGUUUUCGGCGGUGUUAGGCAAACUGUGCAUGAAAAAGAUUACGCGCAUGUUCGGAAAGCAGAACCAUAACUGCGUGCUGGAUGAAAAGCUUGCUUUGCUGUUUCAGGCAACGAUUGCUACAGUACGUAAAGAUCUCGUUCUUCCGAUACGGACCGUAUCGUGGCCGGUCGUUGGUAUCGUCCAUGUGUCCCAGGAUCAGAAAUCAUGCGCAACAAUCAUUUGGGAAAAUGUUUUCGCCAAAAUUAGCCACACCACGUUCGACGUGCCAAAGCUGGUGCUGUGGAACUGGCUAGCCGACGUACUGAGCAUGAGGUUCAGUGGCUCCAGAGAUCACCCACUGUCGGCGGAUCACAUACACUUUCUGUGCGAGAAAGCGCUCGGAACAGAAGUACCGUUCCCGAUACCGAACGGCCUCACCAUAACCUGGUCCCAGUUCUGUAAGGACAAUUUGCCCGAUUGUAGCAGCAGCUUUUGGGGAUGGUUUUACCAGGUGAUGAAGUUGACACGUGACCAUUUUCUGGAGCAGUGGAUUCAGGGCAGGAUCUUCGGUUUUAUACGCAAGAGCAAGGCGGAACAGUAUCUGGCCAGUUGUAAGCCGGGCACAUUCUUGCUGCGUUUUUCCGACACGGUACUGGGAGGCAUCACCAUCGGCUUUGUGCACGAAAACAGUGUCGGGCAGCUCGAGAUACUGCACAUCGAACCGUUUACGGCAAGGGACCUGUCCAUCCGGUCGCUAGCUGAUCGCAUACUCGACUUCGAUGUGCUCACCCAUCUGUACCCGUGCACUCCGAAGCACGAAGCGUUUCAACGACGCAAUGCAGAACGAGCCCGAUCGACGAACUAUAUCGCGACGGAGCUGCGCGCCAUACUGAUCUUCCCUCCCGUCGAUAUGACAACCGAUGAAUCGUGCGACACCAGUCAGGGACAGUCGGUCAAGAGUGAGUACACCUUUUCCAAUAUUGACUCCAUGUCGUUUUUUGAUCUCGAUACCACUGAGUUGUUAACAGUUGAUGACAGUUUUAAGGAUGAACACGUUUAAAUGUUUUUUUUUUCUUUUGAAACAUUUUUCCGGAUGUCGAUUCAGUUGCUUUUAUAAAUCUGAGGUCACGUUCUUAGAUAUUUGGCGGAGCUUACGAUGAUGAAAAGUUCUUGAAUAGAUGAGUGUGCAGCAAAUAUUAGGUAUCAGGCCAACGUGUGCCAUGCAGUUCUAUUUUUUAGGGGUAUAUUUUCAUUCUGUCAUGAUAUUUUUAUUUCUUUUAUGAUCUCAUUGUGCUUUUAUCAUUAUGUGUAUUAUGAUCAUGCUUAAAACGAUGAUUUAAAACAAAGAUGACCGCCGUUAUCAACUGGGAAGGUAAUGGCUACAUUGCUCCACAGACAUUCAGUUCUCUAGAAAUGAAGAUCCUGAUCGCGAUUCAUAAAAAAGACAAACGAUGUUAAAACAUUAUUGAGAAAGUUGUCAGUUAAUGAUUUUAAAUUGUGCUUGCAACUUACUUACUUGCAACUUGCAUACUUUCAACAGUUUGACCUAAAACUCAAAAAAAAAGUAGAGGAAAAAAAUGCCAAAAUGCCUACAAUUAUUACGCAAGCAGAAAUUUACUUAGUGAGAAACAAAUGUUUGAGGAGCUAUUGUGCAAGUGUUAUCCCUCUAAAAACUUUGUAAUUGAUUUAUUCAUGCUUCACUGAACAUAAUUACGUCAGCUUGCAGAAAAAUACCGGCAAAAUUGUUUCGUUGCGUUUUAAGCGUUCUAAUAUGAUGCGCCAUGUGUGACAUAGUGUUACCAGUAUCUGAACUUAAACUUUAUCAUUACUUUUGUGCGAAAACUUAAACCAUGGCAAGAAGUGCUUAAAGCAAUAAAAAAAAUGCGGAUACAGCUAUCUAAAGUUUGUGAUGAAUUGUUAGGAUUGAUGAGCAAAUAAAACUGU